AUGGCCUCCGACUCCAUUGGCUACCCCCGGAGCAAGGAAGUGCCACAUCGCAUCAAGAUACCCGAGACCCGCCUUCCGUCCGAUCACAAAGAAGCCGAAUUCCCUUUGCAGUAUUGUAUGCUGAUCAUCCUAGAACUACGCCGUCGCGCGCUGAACGAUAAUCAGAUAGAUCACAUAUUGGCCUCUAUUGACGAAAUUGAUCCGACCAUUGAUGCAAACACUCCCGAACGCCAAGAAACACUCAUUCAUAACUUUGGCGUCUUUGAUGCCUGCCUUUCUACUCUUCAUUCGCUCAAAAAUGAUGGACUUACUACAGACCAAGAGCUCUUUCAUCAUACUGGCUUCCCUGAGAUUGCAUCCCCUCCCAGCGAGCCACUUGGAUUGCCAGUUGAUCCAAGUCCGCCCGAGACUUCUUUUACCUUUGUUUCAGAUCUUUCAUCGGAUCAUCUCGUUCCACUUUGGUAUCCAAGUGACGAGGAGGUAGCUUUUCAGGACAAUAGUCUCAUUUCACCUGCGAUACAAGAACUGACUCCGAAUAAGCCGAAAGUCUCUCAAACAUCCUGUGACAUUGAUGAAGAUAUCUCUAGCCAAAGGGGUUUCUUGCAUGUUGACUCCCGAUAUUUUCGCUGGCGAGAGCCUAACGGCACUAUUAUGUCGAACCCCUCCCCAACCUACCUUCCGCCACUAGAACAAUUCUUGCUCCAUCAUUAUAUGCGUCGCGUCAGUACGGGUGAAAUGAAUAUUGAAGGUUCAACGUCACAUAUACAACAUGCGCUGCGAAAUGCGCUCCUUAGUAUUAGUGCCUUUACUUUAUCGAAUGACAGCACAUCGCGUGGCAAUCAUGAUGAAGCGAACAGAUGGGCCAAUGAGGCGAUGAUUUUCCGUGGUAAGACCUUCAAGCUUCUCAAAGACUCCGUUGAACGUGGCUUUCAGUCCGAGUCCUCGCCAAAGUAUAAGGAUUACUUGGCCACAAUGUUGUCCAUGAUCUCCAUCAAUGUCACUUCAUCGGAUAUAUUUCUACCUACGGACCAUCUACGAGAGUACCGUCACAAGGAGGGGCAAAGACUCACCAUCUCCGCCCUCUCCUACAAGCUUGAUGAUUCCCGAAUUUUCUGA